GGGAUCCCGCGGAGGGCUGGGGCACCUUGGGCCGGGCUCGGGAUUGGUGCCGGGUUUGGGCCCGGGCCCGGGAUUGGUGCCGGGUUUGGGCCGGGCCCGAGAUUGGUGCCGGGUUUGGGCCCGAGAUUGGUGCCCGGUUUGGGACCGGGCCCGGGAUUGGUGCCGGGAUCGGGACAGGGCUCGGGAUUGGUGCCGGGUUUGGGACAGGGCUCGGGAUUGGUGCCGGGUUUGGGACCGGGAUUGGUGCCGGGUUUGGGCCGGGCCCGAGAUUGGUGCCGGGUUUGGGCCGGGCCCGAGAUUGGUGCCGGGUUUGGGCCGGGCCCGGGAUCGGGACCGGGCUCGGGAUUAAGGCCGGGAUCGGGACCCCAAACUCCCACCGCCCGCUCCGAUUGGCCCGCGCUCACCCCGCUCCUUUCCCCUCCAGCCAAUAGAAACACAGGGACGUGGCGCUGCCUCCGAGCUGCCGCCUUCUGAUUGGCGGGAGCGCGACCUCUGGGCGGAGCGCUCUCUGAUUGGUCGAGGCUCGGGCGCUGAGGCAGGCGAUUGGCUGGGGCGGGGAGGGCGGAAGUGGAGAGGCGGUGCCGGGAAAGAUGCAGGCCGCUCCCCAGGACUACCGGAAUGUGCCCAUCGACAUCCAGACCAGCAAGCUCCUGGACUGGCUGCUGGACCGGCGGCACUGCGGGCGGCGCUGGCCCGCGCAGGUGGCGCAGGUGCGGGAGCGGAUCCGGGCGGCGCUGCAGGACAUGCCCGAGCACCCCGAGAUCCGAGAGCUGCUCCAGGGCUCCUACCUGCACUACUUCCACUGCCUGCGCAUCGUGGAGAUCCUCAAGGGCACCGAGGCCUCCACCAAGAACCUCUUCGGGCGCUACUCGUCCCAGAGGAUGAAGGACUGGCAGGAGAUCGUGUCCCUCUAUGAGAAGGACAACGCCUACCUGGCCGAGCUCUCGAGCCUGCUGGGGCGCAGCAUCAGCUACGAGCUGCCGGCGCUGCGGCGGCAGCGGGGCCGCUGGCAGCAGGCGCAGCAGGAGCUGGCGCGGCGCGAGGACGAGUGCCAGCUGCGGGCGGGCGAGCUCCGCGAGCGCUUCCUGGGCUCCUGCCGCCAGUAUGGCAUCGCCGGCGAGGACGUGCGCCGGGAGCUGCUGGCUCAGGUGCAGGCGCUGCCGUCGCUGCUGUCCCGCGUCGGGGACGGCGCCAGCGCCCUCGGGGACGCCAUCGAGCUGUACCAGGCCUGCGUGGCCUUCGUGUGUGACAGCCCCGGGGCCGAGGCGCUGCCGCUGCUGCGGCACGUGGUGUCCCACGGCAACUCCUCGGUGUUCCGGUGGCGCACGGGGCAGGAGCCGCUGCGGCUGGAGCGGCCCGAGCCGCCCGAGGCACCGGAGCCGCCCCCGGGGGACACGGUGGGUGCUGGGGGGGACACGGGGGACACG